UAAACGCUUUCUUAAAAAUAUAAAUGAAGAGAAAAUAUAGUUCAAUCUUAGGUAAAAAUGAUUAAAUUCUACCGCCAUUGAACUGACAUCUGUAGGUGGAACACGCAAAAAUUUAGUUUGAAAAUAUGAAUUUUCUUAAAUUUCCUUUUAAAGAACUAAAAAACAUACUUGUUAAUUUAACAAUCAUUUUUCUCAACAAUUAGAUAAUAUUUUACUACGAAUAUAGAGUUAUCUUCCUCGUACUUUUACCCGUGCAUAGCAAUCGAUAAAUGCUCGUUUCUAUUAGCAACAGUGACUAAAAAUGAUACUGUCAAGAUCCAAGCCAGCUUCUUCCGAGGGAAUAAAAAGGUCUGCAUCGGAAAAAAGGAUCCCUAAGCUUGAAGAGUUUUUGGAGAAGCGUGAUUAUACCGGAGCUUUAACACUUCUGGAGUUCAACAGUACUACUGAGAAUAGUUUAAAUUCAGAACUAUGGAUGGGUUACUGUGCUUUUCACCUAGGAGAUUACAAACGUGCAGUUACAAUUUACGAGAACUUAAGAAAGAAGGAACAUGCACCCAUCGAAUUGCCAACAAAUUUGGCUUGUUGUUACUUUUAUCUUGGAAUGUACCCUGAGUCACAGGCGAUUCUGGAAGAUGCUCUAGAUAGCAAAUUAAAAAAUAGACUCAUGCUUCAUUUAGCACUCAAAAUGGGUAAUGAAUCAAAAUUAACGGAGUACCAUCAUAUGCUACAAGAUGUUAUAGAAGAUCAGCUUAGUUUGGCAUCUAUUCAUUAUCUCAGAGCUCAUUACCAAGAGGCCAUCGAUGUUUAUAAAAAGAUUCUCCUUGAAAACAGAGAUUAUUUUGCAUUAAAUGUAUAUGUUGCUUUGUGUUAUUAUAAAUUGGAUUACUAUGAUGUAGCUCAAGAAGUUCUUCAAGUUUACUUACAAAAGUAUCCUGAUAGCGCAAUUGCUAUUAAUUUGAAAGCAUGUAAUCAUUUUCGCCUCUACAAUGGCAGUGCUGCACAAAAUGAAAUGAAACAGCUAGUAGAAAAAAUGUCUAGUUCCUUCAACUUUGGUUAUGACCUUAUACGUCACAAUACAGUUGUGUUUAAGGGUGGCGAGGGUGCACUACAAAUUUUGCCCAAUUUAGUAGAUGUUAUACCGGAGGCUCGACUUAAUUUAGUAAUUUAUUAUUUGAAACAAGACGAUGUGGAAGAAGCUUUCGAAUUAAUCAAAGAUCUUGAACCAUCUGUUCCACAGGAAUAUAUCUUAAAAGGGAUAGUUAAUGCAGUGAUGGGACAAGAAAUUAAUUCUCGCGAUAAUAUAAAAACAGCUCAACAAUACUUUCAACUAGUGGGUUCCUCUGCUUCAGAAUGUGAUACAGUACCUGGUAGGCAAUGUAUGGCCUCUUGCUUCUUUCUUUAUCGUCAAUUCGAGGAAGUUCUAGUGUUUCUGAAUUCAAUCAAGACUUACUUUUCCAAUGAAGAUAACUUUAAUUUCAAUUAUGCUCAAGCACAAGUCGCUGCGGGUUAUUUUAAGGAGGCAGAGGAGGCUUUCUUGAUUAUACGGAAUGAAAAAUACAAGAAUGAUUAUAUUUACAUUAGCCUUUUAGCACACUCUUAUAUAAUGAACAAGAAGCCUCAGCUGGCCUGGGAUUUGUAUCUAAAGAUGGAUACGUCUACAGAGUCAUUUAACUUGGUGCAACUAAUUGCGAAUGAUUGUUAUAAAGUUGGUGAAUUCUGGUAUGCAGCAAAAGCCUUUGAUAUGUUAGAACGUAUGGAUCCUAGUCCUGAGAAUUGGGAAGGAAAACGUGGUGCUUGCUGUGGUACAUUUCAAUAUAUCGUAGCUGAAAAACAACCCAAAGAACUAUUGUCUGAUGUUAUUCAGCUUCUUAAGAACACGUCGAACUCACAAGUGGAGCAGAUCAUUCGAGUGAUGCGCAAGUGGGGUAAAGAUAAUCGGAUCAAUUGCUGAUGAUAAAAAUGGAGAAUUUUUCCAUGAGUGAUUCUUUUACAAUAAACAAUUUCAUAAUGUUAAUGUAGUUUAUCUGUGGAAGAUUCGUUUGUCUAAGUCACAAUAAAAGUAUUUUCGUUAAGUAUAAACAGGGCAACGUUUUCCAUGCAAAAUAUUACUGCACGGCGUUCAUGAUUUAAUAUAAAAUAGAUAUAUUUAAACUGUGAUACACUCAUUUUAUAAUAAUAUAAUAAUAAUAUUAAUAAUAAUCAUCGUAAUAGCAAUAAUAAUUAAUUUUAACAAACACAAUCGGUGAAUCGUAAAAACACCAUAGUUGAUGGCAUACACCAUCACAUUCGCAUACUUGCACAUUUCCGAUCAAAAAUUCGACAUUCUUCAGAACGGAAUGCAUUUUUGGAAGAUGACGGGGAAGCUGUUUCUCUCGAUCCUCGCAAUUUUCCAAAAAAGAUUCCGAUGGAAUGGCUGCUGAAGUUCAGCGAAAGAAAUCCUAGAACAUUCAGCUCAAACGCCAUGGGCGCCCUGAAGAUUGAGCAGACAAGAGAAUAUAAGAAAAUUCUCCAACGAUACUCUUGAAAAUAUAAAUACUUUAACAUUGAAACCAUUCAAAAUUGUUCGCCUAUUGAUAGUUCAGCUCUCUAGAUAUAAACAUUAAUUAUAUUCCUAUUGACGGGUCAGAUGAGGUAAAACAUUGUUGCAAAAUAUUAACUGCAAAUUUUAUUUAGUAAACCUUCUAUAAAAAUUGAUAACUAGAGCUUUGUAACAAUACUUAGUUUGUAAACUCUGCUCCAUUGAGAGAAAAAAUCGUUCGAAGUUUCGUUCCCCUUCAAUAAAACAACUAUUUUAGGUUAAUUUUCAAGAAGUUAAACUAUCAGUGGGUGAAUCAUGGCUGUGAGAGCCUUAAGAAACCUUAACUCAUAUCUCAUCUCAUCGUUUCGCACAGAAGAUAGUAAAAAGGGUUUUCUUUCUUCUCAGUGGUUGACAGUGCUUAUGUGUCUUAGCAUCACACAGAGAAGGAGUGCCUUGGUACCGAAUCAUCGCUACGCUUUCGAUAUAAAAAUAGCACCAAAAAAGUGUCUCCCGGUAUGCCUUUUAAGAGGCACACGAAAUUUCGAUUUUCAUCGUUCGUGUAGUUGCACACGAAUUUCCACACGGCACUCAUUCUCCGGUCUUCGUCACGCACUACAUGAUACGUGGCUAAUAUACAUAGUCCACCAGAUAAAACAGCUUUACGAGUCCAUAUACAGUAAUUCUCGAUCGUUACUUUUCCGUAGCUCCUUUUUACAAAACGAAACAAAAAGAACACCACGGUUCUCCGGUUCUCCAUCAAUAUGGUGACGACGAUGUGUCCGUUGAACGUCGAUAUUACGCUAAAAACGUAGCUUACUUUUCACUAUGCUAAACGUGUAUGUAGAUACGGUAAUGAUAGAGUGGAAAUCGUCUUCUCUUGCAAAAUUCCUUCUCUCGUCUUUUUUUCAUUUUACCGAACAGUCAGUCAUUCAGAGGUAUGUGUCCCUUUCACCCUAUUCUCACGUACUCCCUUCUAUCACCCUCUGUUUAUUUUUCUCUUUUUAAAAAAGACCUUAACGAAUCUGUGCUCCCAAUUUCUCACGUGCCUAUACAAUACGAGGAAAGUACUCUUCUUAUUACAUUUUUUUUUAAAUGGAUUUUUCCCUCUUUUUUGGCAAUCUGCUACCAGCCGAACAAAGACCGUAGCAUGGGCGGCGUAAUCUACCGUACAAUGUUAAGUUUAAAAUUCGCUGCUCGCGCGGCAACGACUGUGAGAAAUAGAUUCUCUAUGCAAUACAACAUCUUGUCGUUUUUAUGGUUUACGACAGUCCCUCGUCGAGGCUAAAGUUCAACGACAAUGCUUAGAAACAUCGUCGAACAUCAACCUUUAAUCCAAAGUCCCAGACAUCACAUGGUAGAAGUCCAUGUCACUGUGAGAUUUUAAAUAUUUCAGAAUCCCUAUGAUUAAAUGUAAGUGCGUUUCCUUGGUAUCAACUUUCAAAUUCGACAUGUAAUGCUCUAUACUCAGACAAAAAAAUCUCUGAUUCCUUAGUGUAUUUCUCUAGGACUUAUACGGAGUGAUGUUUGGACACUUAAAACAUCUAAAUUUAAAAGAUUUAAACAUCUACGUGUUAUUAGCCCUUUACAGCUUUCUGUGAAGCGAGUUGGCGCAUUCAGGAUCAUUUUGUAAGAAUCCCAUCGUCUUUGCAUCGAAUUCACUUACAUCUGUUGAGAGAGAAAGUUCCUGUAUAGCAGAGUCUUUUCCCUCUGUGGACGCUACAGCCUUUGAGAGGCUUUCACUCAGGGAUGUAUCAUAGUCCCUACAACAGAGACUACCUAAAACGAAAGUACUUCCUCGUCAUACUAAUAGACAGAUUCAUUCAUCGCGUCGAGAUACUGUAUUUAAACGUAGCAUUCACUUCUUCGGGUAUUCGCAAGUCGUGUAGACUAACAAUACGUAUACAUUUACUAAGAACUUGUCCAUACUACUAUAAUUGCACAAAAGCUGCCAGUAUAGAAGCAGUUCAUGGUCAACCGUCAUGUGGUGUGCACGAUAGCUGGUGUUUGGGUGAGUGAACUGAUUACCCGAUAUCCAUAUAGUGAAUACGAGCGCAGGUUUAUACCGCCCAAGGAGAUAAAAACUCGAAAAAACCGACAUAUGUAAUACCUGCAUGGCGAUUGAAGUAUUAUACAAUGGGCAGACGUUUGUGUGUCUAUCGAAGUAUGGCCAAGUUUUUAGCUGCCCGGUGUAUGUACAACCUCUAUGCGACGCGCGAACAUCUCCGUAGGAGCUUAGAUCAGUAAAUUACACGGUAAAGUUUAAUAGUAAGAAAAACGUCUACUUAAAGAACCAUGUACAGAGAGUAUUUUGUAGCGACGACCUUUGCGGAGAAACUAUCUUCCACUGUCGGAGAACCAUCGGUUCGAAUUGCGGCGAGGUGGAAAUUAGUUUCAGGACUCAGUUAUCCCUGCAAGCGGUCGGGAAAGGUCGAGGACAGUGAGAACCGUGGAAUUCGAACUGGCGACCCCGUGGCACGUUCCAAUUCCACGGACCACGCGCGAAGAACGUCGUUUGGCAUUUAAAUAUGGCGUUGUUCAGUGCUCGAGAUUUGCGAAGCAUCAACGAUCGUUUCGCAAACAUUUAUCCGGAAGCCGUAGCGCGAUCGACGAGAUCCACGGAACGCGACUUGGUCAAGAGACGGCAGUGUCGUUUGGAGCGAACAGAAUUUCACGGAAAAAAAUCUCUUAACAAUAAGACUUAAAGCUAAUCUGCAAUCGCAUCGCGCUGGGUUCUAAUUCCUUAGCGUUAAUUAGGGAUGCGCGACAUACAACGAUGUUUGACACUUUUUCGAAACGUUAUGUUAAUAUUCUGUUAGAUAUUUCUUGAAACGAUAUAUUGACAUAUCGAUAUUAUUUACACAAAUAUGGCCCACCGAUAUAUAAAUAUGAUAAUGUAGAAUCUCUUUUGACUUUUGAAUUUCAAUGAAAUAUUUUUUAUAUUUAUAUAUAGUAUCGCUUUAACCGCGACAGGACAGUGGUCACGGACGUGAAUGGUAUAGUGUACAUUGGUAAUUAAUUGUAUUAAUAUAACAACUUUUUUCUGUUAACCUUUUAGAAUGAAAAUGAUUGCGGAGUUACACAAUAAUCAUUUACAAUAUCCAUGUUAACCUAUACAUCAUUUUUAAUUGUGACUGUUUUAUUUAUAAUACAAAUUUUAUCGAUAUUAAUUCGAUAUAUUGCGUAUAUUCACAUUGUAGAUACCGAUUGUUAACGACAUCCAAUAUCGAUGUUCGAAGCAAAUAUCGCACAUCCCCUACUGUUAACCAUUUGCCGAUGGCUACUUUUUGUUCUAAGCACGACGUAGACUAGGAGUAAUAAAUUGGUUCACGGUUAAAGCCGAAACUUUACAAAGGAUCAUCUUUGUAAUCUUAAAGCAGGCACAGCCAACUUGAUUUAUUAAGCCAGCGACUGACUUGUAACAGAACGCUGUAAUGUAACUGUUCGGCACGAAUUUUAUGGCUCGCCACCAACGUUACAUUACAAGGUCCUUUUUGGAAUCACGAAUGCUCGCUUCGAACUCUCGGCUCAAUUCUCUCUCAAUCCUUCCUACUCAGUUCAGUGAAAAGUAGAUGAUCAAAGAGGUUCGUCAAAAAACCGACAGACCAGUGGAGCACGGUCGAGCGCGAACCGAGCGCAAGAACGGCUCGGUUCGUUGCUCGCUAGUCCGCCAAACUAAGCGAAUGCUCGCAUUAGAUUACAAUGUUCUGUUGCAAGUCAGUCGCCGGCUUUAUAGGCAUGAUCAACGAAUGUAUGCCCGCAACUAAUCGAGUUGGCUACCUCUGUCGUAAAGAACCAACGCAGAAAACAUCCCUCGUCGAGUCGAUCGCACGUGCUUCCUGCAGCGACUAACUACACUCAUUUCUCAUCAUUGUUAUCCGUGCACUUUGUUGCUCCGGUAGGCAGUUCAUGUAAAAGACAGUGGAGGAGGACAUAAUUCAUAAGACACAAGCGGCUGAAUAUACACACGUUCGCUACUUUCCGAACACACGAUGUGUCUGAUG